AUGCGCGAGGUUAUUUCCCUUCAUGUCGGUCAGGCUGGUGUCCAGAUCGGAAACGCGUGCUGGGAGUUGUAUACCGCGGAGCACGGAAUCUCGCCUGAUGGCCAUCUGCCCAAAGACUCGCCCUCGCAUGGCGAUCAGGGUUUCUCGACCUUUUUCUCGCCUACCGGAAGUGGCAAAUACGUGCCUCGCUCCCUCUACAUUGACUUGGAACCAGGUGUUGUCGACGAGGUUCGCAGUGGUACAUACAGGGAUCUCUUCCACCCUGAGACCUUGGUGACUGGCAAGGAGGACGCUGCCAACAACUAUGCUCGUGGUCACUACACUGUCGGGAAGGAAUUGAUUGACGGUGUGAUGGACAAGAUCCGUCGACUUGCAGACAACUGCUCAGGUCUCCAGGGCUUCUUUGUCUUCCACUCGUUUGGUGGUGGAACUGGUUCUGGUUUCGGUGCUCUCCUUCUUGAGCGUUUAAGCACCGACUAUGGCAAGAAGGCCAAGCUUGAGUUCUGUGUUUACCCUGCACCAAAACUCUCUUCUUCCGUCGUCGAGCCUUACAACUCGGUCUUGACCACUCACACCACCCUUGAACAUUCGGAUUGCUCGUUCAUGGUCGACAAUGAGGCCAUCUACGAUAUUUGCAAGAAGAACCUUGGCGUUAGCUCUCCUGGGUUCACCAACCUGAACCGUCUGAUCGCCCAGGUUGUCUCUAGCGUCACUGCAUCGCUCCGUUUCGAUGGUAGCUUGAACGUGGACUUGAACGAGUUCCAGACCAACUUGGUUCCGUUCCCUCGUAUUCACUUCCCUCUUGCUACCUACGCACCGAUCAUCUCUGCUGCCAAGGCCGGCCAUGAGAACAACUCAGUUUCUGAGCUCACCUUCUCCUGCUUCGAGCCCGGUAACCAAAUGGUCAAAUGCGACCCUAGGGAAGGCAAAUUCAUGGCCUGCUGCCUCUUGUUCCGUGGUGACGUCGUGCCCAAGGAUGUUCAGGCUGCCAUUGCAUCGAUCAAGACCAAGCGUACCAUCCAGUUCGUCGACUGGUGCCCUACCGGCUUCAAGCUCGGUAUCUGCAACGAGCCUCCUACUUGCAUUCCCGGCGGCGAUCUCGCUCAUGUCUCGCGAAGCUUGUGCAUGUUGUCCAACACCACCGCUAUCUCUGCUGCAUGGACCCGUCUUGAUCACAAAUUCGACCUUUUGUACUCCAAGCGUGCCUUUGUUCACUGGUACGUCGGUGAGGGUAUGGAAGAAGGUGAAUUCUCCGAGGCCCGUGAGGACCUGGCUGCCCUUGAGAAGGACUACGAGGAGGUUGGCAUUGACUCGGCCGAUGCUGAGGAGGAGGAGGCAGAGUACUAG